CAUGCAUGUUCUUUAUGUUUGCUACUUGUAUAUAAACCAGAACGAAAGUUUCAGUUUCUAUUCCAUUUAGUCUCCACGAAAUACAAAGCCAUGGUGGUUUCUUGUCGUCCUAUUCUCCAUUUGCUGCUCUUUUGCUGCCUCUCUCUUCAAGCUUUCGGCAGCCGGGUCAACAUUGUAACAAACGGUUAUCGCGAUAUUGUCGUAGCCAUUUCACCUGAUGUCUCACCAAAUCAAGCUGAUGAUUUAUUGAACCAACUUAAGUUGCUUAUUACCGAGGCUUCUUUUGACUUGUACGAAGCUACUCGUCAUCGAUCCUACAUCGAGUCGGUAAACAUUUUGAUCCCGCAGACGUGGCUAAACGUCACGGCCAAUGCCAGCACAUGGGAAAAUUUUCCGGAUGCCGAAAUUCAAAUUGACAAUCCGAGUUGGAGAUAUGGUGACAAGCCAUACACCGUGCAAUUGGGGGGGAUGUGGUGAUCCUGGCGAGUACAUUCACUUAACACCCAACUACGUCAUGAAUUUCGAUACUGAUCCUUACAAAUUUGAUUUUGGACCAGCAGGCAAAGUUUUUGUGAGGGAAUGGGCUCGAUUGCGUUUCGGAGUGUUCGAAGAACACGGCUACACGGGCGAUGAUUCUGCCUUCCCAAUGUUCUACCGGUCUUCAUCUACCCAGCAAUCAACUGAUUUAGUACCCAACGUUUGUUCUAACGAACUAGUUGACUUUACUUAUGACUACGGCUGCCGUGUCGAUCCGCAAACGGGUCUCUACGACUCGAAUUGCACUUACAGUUUCACCGACCAGUUUAAGCCAGAGUCGUCUAUCAUGUCUGAUUACAAGAUGCUUCCUUCGGCGAUGCAUUUCUGUGACGACGAGGAAUCUAGUCUUCACAAACACAAUCGACAAGCACCCAACAAGCAAAACGCAGUUUGCGACACGGAAAGUGUCUGGUCGGUGAUUUCGCGUCACGCCGAUUUUGCUGGAAACAAUAAUUUGCCGGCCAACAUUACAAAUUUGAAUCCGAGAUUUAAUGUCGUCCGAGUUUUAAAUGGAGCUCGUUACGUGCUCGUUACUGACGUGUCGGGAAGCAUGGGCAGCUUUAAUCGCUCUGAGAGGUUGUACGAUUCAGCUCGACGUUGGAUCAAGUAUGACAUUCCUGAUGGAACUUCAUUGGGGAUCAUCGAGUUCAGUACUGCUGCGACUCUGCUAAGUGGUAUGACUAUCGUGAACGAUUCAACGCGUCAACAGCUCAUGGAUACAGUUCCAAACACAGCUGUAGGCAGUACAUGCAUCGGUUGUGGUCUCCAAAUGGCGAUUGAUAUUUUGAAAUCUGGCGGUAAAGGAGGCAUCAUCGUGUUGGUGACUGACGGUGUGGAGACUAUACAUCCGUUUAUAAUUGAAGUGACUCCCCAACUGAUUGCCGCUCAAGUUCAAGUUGUUUCUAUUGCUUUUGGUCGCGCUGCUGAGAACGAAAUCGAAGUUCUGGCGACGAAAACCAACGGAAAAAGUUUUUUCAUCGACGACGAAGGCAUCACCGAUCCGUUGAACGAUGCUUUCACCGGUUCACUAACUUAUUUACCGGCCGUACCGUUAGAGGACUUGACUGUUUUGUUGCAUCAACAUAAAUACCAACACGGACUCACAUUUCAAAAUUCGACCAUUGUCGACUUCACCGUCGGUCGAAACCUCACCUUUCGCAUCGACUAUACCAAAAGAAGUCACUUGCUGAGCUUCUCUGUCGUGUCGCCUAUUAGCGGCACGGUUUACAGCGAUUUCAAAGUUGACAUUCCCGCUAAACUGGCUUACAUCGUCAUUAAUGGCACUGCCGAAAUUGGACAAUGGGAUUUCACGCUGACUGUCAGUUCCAGCCCAACAGAUUAUGUUAGUGUUAUUGUCACGUCGAAAUCGAAAACGUCUUCGGGACCAAUCACCGUGGAGUGUACUUUUGAUGACGGAUCGGUAAAACACCCUACAAUCAAGCCAAUUAGGCUUCUCGCUGAUGUUAAACAAGGACAAAACCGAGUCAUCGGGGCCCAAGUCCAGGCUCACAUUGAGAGACCUGACACUGCCCUCCAAGUGAUUGAUCUGGUGGAUACUGGGUCCGGAUCCGACACUCAAAAGAACGACGGUAUAUAUUCACGCUACUACAUAGAUCCCAGCCAGGCGGGGCGUUACACUAUGGCGUGCGUCGUCAACAGCGCAGAAUCGGCAUACAUUGACGACGGUAAAGCUGGCCAACAACGCACUACCAUGGGAGACUUCAAUCGCGUCCAAUCCGGUGGAGCUUUCAGGGUCGAAACUCCUUUGACAACACCCUAUCCACCAAGCAGAGUGACGGAUUUAAAAGUUGUGGCUAUUCAGGUUGAUCAAAUGUCUGUGGCAAUUGAAUGGACGGCCACUGGCCAACAACUCGACCAAGGAAUUGCAACUGAGUAUCUGAUUAAAUAUUCGGAUGCAUUCGACAAUCUGUUGGAAGGCAAUUUCAAUUCCAAUUCGUCCGUGCUAUUCGGACAGCAGGACGUCCUCGACGGAAGUUUGCAACCGCUCGAAUCCGGCAGCAAGCAACGCGUAACUCUCGCUCUACCCAGAACGACUGAUGACGUGACGUACUACAUCGCUGCAAAAGCCUUGAAUAUCGACAGUGCUUCUAGCAACAUUUCCAAUAUUGUUUCCGUUCAAAUUGUUCCUAUAAAACCGCCGUCGACUCAACGACCGACAACUACCACAAAGGCCCCGGAAAUGACUACCAGCGUCAACACAGGUUGUAACAGUGUAUUGACGAGUCCCAACGGUUUGUUGGAAUCACCCAACUUUCCUGGUCCCUAUCCAAAUAAUUACGAUUGCCAAUGGACGGUUCGAGUGGCCUCUGGAUCCAAAAUCAGGUUGACUUUCAGCCAUUUCGAUCUCGAAACAUUUGACUUCGUCGAAGUGUAUAACGGUGCUUCCGUCUCUUCUGCCCAACUCUUGUUAAAACACACUGGCGCGACUGUACCCGAAGACGUGGUUUCCCCUUCCAAUGAAAUAUUGGUGCGUUUCGUUACUGACGGCACUGGCAACUAUUUUAGUGGAUGGAGAGCUACGUAUACAAGUUUUUGAUUAUUAAAAAAAAAGUUGAUUUUAUUGUUAAUCAUUACAGUGUCAUUCCUUGAUUGUCAAUGUAAGAGCAAUAAUUUGUGUACACGGAUUUCACAUUAAGGCAAAUACAUUUACUGAACUAUU